AUGCAUUUCCUCCUCCUUGGGGCCAGUGGACGAACCGGCCAGCACGUUGUAUCUGAACUACUCUCCCAGGGCUACACAGCAGUAGCCCUUGUGCGUACCUCUAGCAGUCUCACACCUCGUCCUGGCCUAACCAUCGUCACUGGCUCUCCGCUAUCAAAAUCCGACAUACGCAACGCUCUUUUCGCGGUGCCUUCUCUAUCACCUUCUGCAGCAAUCAUUACUUUGAACACAGUCCCCCAAGUCUCACCUCCUCGCUUCCUGGCCGAUUCGUGCGCUAAUGUCUGCGAGGUUCUGGAGCAUGCAGGCAUUCGUCGCAUUGUAGUGAUGUCGACGGCAGGUGUAGGGGAUUCAUGGGAUAACCUGCCAUGGUUGAGCAAAGCAUUCUUGUCGUGGACCAAUGUCAAGUACGCGCUCGAAGAUCACAGCCUUGUAGACAGGGAGAUUCGGCUCACUAAAAUGGAUUGGACUCUGGUGAGAGCUGUGAGGCUACAAUUUGACGAUCAGAAGCUGGACGCCACGAAGAGGGAGGUUAAAAUGCUAGGCAGUAACGGUGUAGGAAUGAGUUUAUCCGACAGCGUGAGUGUUACUAGUGUUGCAAGCUUCCUGGUCAAGGUUGCGGUCGAAGGACUUUUGGUUAAAAGCGCAGUGGUCAUCACCAAUUGA